AUGAGUUAUACUUUCGUAAAUCACGCUGGCGGGACCUUGGGCGGCGGCCGGGCACCACAGCCUGAAGCCCCCCGCCCGUGCUCCGGCGGCUGCGGAUUCUACGGCACGGCGGAGAACAAGGGCCUGUGUUCCAAGUGCUACACGGCCCACCUCAAAGACUUGAUGGCCAAAACAGAGACGGCGGUUAUUGACAAGCGGGAACCGGAUGAUGUUACGAAAACCGAAAUCUUGAAUAAACCGGCGACUCCGGUUCAUGCGGAGAGAAAGAGAUGUGGAGUCUGUAACAAAAGGGUAGGGCUAUUGGGGUACGAGUGCAGGUGUGGGGCCACUUACUGUAGGUUGCAUAGGUACCCUGAAGCUCACCCGUGCGGGUUCGAUUUCAAGAAAGCCGGCAAGGACGCGAUUCGGAAGGAAAACCCGGUUUGCCAGUCGGACAAGAUUAUAGAUAGGGUUUGA